AUGCCAGGGGGCUUGCAUCCACCGCUGUCGGUCAUGGAGUCAUGGCCCGCGCGCAACAUCAUCAAUCCGGAAUCCCAUGGUCCAGCGUCCAUUGUUCUUCCUGUGAUCUUCGGAUCUAUUGCUGUCACGGCAGUCAUACUUCGCCUCUGGGCUCGCUGCGUAAUCCAGCGACAGGGGAAACUUGAUGACUUCUUCAUCGCAUUAGCACUCAUCCCAGCCAUCGGGCUUAACAUCAGCUUUCCCCUCGGAGCCUAUAACUACGGCGAAAACCACCACGUAUGGGACAACACACUCCCACAACUCCUCCAAUCACGCAAACUCGCCAUCGCGCAAGAACUCUUCUACAUCCUCGCCUCGUGCUUCACCAAGAUCUCCGUCCUGCUCUUCUACCGCCGCAUGGGCCACCGCACCACCAUCUCCCCUCGCUUCCUCAACAUCAUCUACCUCAGCAUCGCCAGCGUAGCGGCUUACACGCUCGCCUUCUUCAUCGUAAUCUGGGUCGCCUGUCGUCCGUUCUCAGCGUACUGGAUGGAAGUCGACCCCGAGUAUACCGCCACGCACAAGUAUAAAUGUUACAAUGAACCUGUGCAUUUGAUUACCGCGACGUUCAUAAGUCUUCUGCAGGAUAUUGUGGCCACGACACUGCCGGCGGUGCUUUGCUGGGGCUUGCAGAUGAGAUUGAGGCAGAAGGUGUUGCUGAAUGGGGUGGUGUUUGGGUUGGGGUAUUUGGCUGCUGUUGUGGCUGGGUUGGGAGGUUUGGUAUUGCUGGGUGUUGGCGAUGUUGGAGGUGGAUGUUGCGGUGGGGUGUUCGUGUUUGCCGGGGGUUAA